AUGGGAAACACAAACAGUAAACGGCCGACCUCACCCCCACUCCCCAUGAAGAAGGCCCCCGGAGCCAUGAUCCAUGACCUGCAACAGGACAUCAUAUGCUCCAUCUGCCUGGACACCUUUAACGACCCAGUCUCUAUUGACUGUGGGCACAACUUCUGCAGGGACUGCAUCUCUGACCACUGGAGCAAGCGCUCCUCCCAUGGGUGUCACUGCCCGGAGUGCCGCCACUCCUGCAGCCGCGAGAGGAUGAAGAUAGACACUCGGCUGCGAAACCUGGUGGAAAAAAUCAGACAGAUGCCUGACCUGGAGAUGGAAAGAGAGCCGGAGGUCCCGGCAGCUACAUUGCAGCCCGCAGGGCAAGCGGUGCAGCUGGUGAGCUUGGACGUCGAAGGGAAUCUGUGCCUGGACGAGGAGGCCCUGAGCCGCUGCUUGGAGCAGGGGGAGGUGAAAGACGCCCCUGUCUGCCUGAUCUCCAUCUUUGGGGAGCAACGCCGUGGCAAAUCCUUCCUGCAGAACUUCCUCCUGCGGAGGCUGCAAAACAUGGGAGCAGCGGAAGCAUCGUGGCUGGGCCAGGAAGAUGAGCCACUGACAGGAUUUGAGUGGCGACCUGGGCCUAACAGCACCACCAAAGGGGUGUGGUUGUGGAGUCAGCCAUUUUGGAUCACCGGCGACCAGGGAAAGGUAGCCUUGUUCUUGAUAGACAGUGAGGGUUCCCUGGAUCUGGAGAGAAGCAAGGACGUUAGCACCAAGCUCUCUGCCUUCUCCAUGCUCCUCAGCUCCUACCAGAUAUUCAAUUUGUCCGCCAUGGUGAAGGACUCCGAUUUGGAAUACUUGGAAAUGUUUGUGUACAUAGCCGAGAUGGUGGGACAUGCCUGCGGCCUAAAGCCCUUCCAGCAGCUGGAUAUCUUAGUGCGUGACUGGCUAUUCCCACCUGUUUUUGGACUCCAGGCAGGCCAGGCACACCUCCAACAAGUCAUACAGAGGCUGGAAUCUAGUACUUGCAGGCACCCACGAGCGCUGGAGACCCUCAAAAGCAGCAACACCCGCUGUUACUUAAUGCCCUUCCCUGGCAAGAAGCUGGUGAUGGGAGGUGAGGGUACCCUGGCAGACAUGGAUGAUGAUUUUCGGGAAUGUUUGAAGGAUUAUGUAAGUGACUUGGCCAGAUCAGCUGGUACCUAUUUAAAGAGAGAUCGGACGGGGAUGGCUCUUACUGGAGCCCAGCUUGCAGCCAAGAUAAAGCGUAUCUCAUCGAUCAGGAAGCAACAUCAAUUUGGUUUCGCUUCACCUGUGCAGAUGCUCAUCGCCUUAACCAACCUGGAGACCAAAGAGACCCUGCAGACAGAAUUUGCAGAAUUCAUCAGGCAGCAGGAUCAACUCUCACGCCCCCUCUUUGCGGGCCUAAAAGUCCUACCCAGCACCAUGGCACAGAGAAUCAAGGAAAAGCAACAAGAGCUGGUGAAACAGUGCGAGAUGACACUACGGGGAGACGAGCGAGAACAGACAGAUACCAAACUGUUGUUGGCAUCCCACCUGCAGAGCGAGGCAAAGGAUUUCCUGGAACGUUACGGCCGCCGUUACAAAAACCAUGCCCUCACAGCUGGGGUAGCCGUCGGAGUGGGCGCUGUGGGGCUGGCAGGGGGGGUCAUCGGGGCCGGUGUGGCAGGCGCCAUCUUGGCUGCAGAAGCCCUUGUGCUGGGCACUGGAACGGCGGCCACAGUUGCCAUCGGGACCUUGGCAGGGACAGGAACCUUUGCGCUAGUUGGAGGCGGGGUCGGGGCAGGCAUAGGGAGAAGCAUAGGGGAGCGCAGGGCCCAGGAGGCGCGUGGAUUGUCUGACAGUGAUAUGGAGGUUGAAGAGGUGGAGGAGGAUAUGUCAGACCAGAGGUGUCUCAUUGGUCAAAAGAACUCACUGUAGG